CUGCUAGACAUAAAAGGAGAACGAACCUUCGUUGAGACCACUCGUUCCUUACUCGCUGCUGCAGUGUUCACCCGUCCGCCGCCUCCUACGAUCAGGAAGCCGCCCGAAUGGCUCGCAGUGAGGCGUCCUUGCGGUCGGACCCGCACUUCGGCCUGGACUCCCGCUGGAGCUGGGUGACGGCGGCGUUCCUCAGCUGGUUGCUAUGCGGCGCCAUGAUGGCGCAGCAGUCGGCAGGCGUGCUCUUCUUCGGCAUCGUCGACACCUACGGCGUCAGCAGGGAGGAGGCGUCCUGGCCUCUCGUGCUCAGCUCCAGCGUCGUUUGCCUCACAGGCCCCGUCGUUGGAUACCUCUGCCGGCGUUUCUCCUGUCAACCGGUGCUGCUGUUCUUCUCUCUCGCCUCAGGCAUCUCAGUCUGCGUCUGCUUCUUUGCAAACGGUGUCCUCUUCCUCACAGUCGUCCUGGGAUUCGUGCAUGGAGCCGCGGUGUCGGGCGUCUUCGUCGGCGUCCAGGUGCUGGUGUCGCAGCACUUCGAGAAGCGGCGCGCCACCGCGUGCAGCCUCAUGUUCACCGUGUGCGGCCUCAACAUGUUCUUCGCCGCGCCGCUCGUGGACCUGUUCCGCGUCACGUACGGCAUAAAGGGCGCCUUCCUGCUGCUCGGCGGCCUCAUCCUGAACGCCUGCCCCGCCGUCAUCGUGGUGCGAAACCCCACCUGGAUGCAGGUCAGGGACCCCCCUACCGUCGGCAAGAAGGACGAGACCUUCCCGAAGGACAAGACGUCGGCGGAAGCUCCCCUGCUGACUUUAUAUUCCGAAAGUCGGGAACGCGCUUCCGAGGAGAAAAAAGCCGCUCUGGAAAGCAAAACAGAGCUGGCGCCACCCAAGGCGUCCGUGGGCACUAAUUACGCGAGGAACCUCAGGAACUUUUGCUCGAUCCUCCGCUACACGGCCUCCGUGAAACAAGCGCAAGAGGGGGUUUUGCAGGACGUAACCGCCAACGCGAGACGGUUUGCGACGCUCCGAUUUGCGCUGGACGCGCUCUCCUUCUCCGUAAUAAUCUUCGGACUGACAACGUUUUUCAUGCUGUACGUGGACAUCGCCACCGACAGAGGCGUCGUCCCAUCUCGAGCGGCCUUCCUCGUGUACGCCUUCGCGGCCGGCGACCUGGUCUGCAGGGCGCUGAGUGGCGUCGUCAUCGACUCGGGUCUCUUGACACUGGACUCUGUGAUGCUCUUCGGGUACGUUCUUCAAGCCGCUGGCUUCGAGCUGUUCGUCUGGCUCAGAACUUUCCCCACGAUGCUGGUGUGCUCGGCGCUCAUAGGAAUCAGCAACGGAUUCCGGCAUUCGCUGCAAGCGCCGCUGCUCGUUAGGGACUUCGGAAUAGAACAGCUGCCCGUAAUGAUGGGCGGCCUGUCUUUCUGCAAUGGUCUGCUGCUCUUGACGAGGCCGAUGCUGGUGGGUUACUACCGGGAUCAGCAGGGAUCCUACGAUGGCCUCCUUCACAUCGCGGGUGCCGUGAACGCCGCCUUUUGCUUCCUGUGGGCGAUAAGAAUAUUUAGCGAACGUAGACGCCAGUGGUCCCGAUGCGGGCCCUCCAAACAGCACCAAGAGGAGCUUGGCUUGUCUUGAGCGUCAACGCAGAAGAGAGCGGUGGUUUAAACAGCUCGCUUCGUCGAUUGUGGGCUUCCAGUCAAGAGGAGAAUCGACCCCGACUGCUCGAGAUUGCGAGACGCGUCGUGGAGUGCUGACAGAAGAGCACGUGCACUCUUCUCCUCGUGACGGCUUCGAACGCGAGAUGCUCGGGGUAUCGGGAGACAAACACUGCAGGAAAGGGGUGGUGCGCGCCAGCGCAAGAGACUUGUCGCCUUGCGUCGGGCCGCUGACACCGGUAUUUGUGAGGCGGAGCCCCAAUCGUCGCCGUUUGGAACAGUGUAUAUAUGGCUUCCUAUAUCGCUAAUCCCAGAAACUUGGGACAAAGAGAGACGGAAAUCGAGACUCUUUUUUGUGCGUCUCGUCUUCUCUGCCUUUCGUUCCAAGUUUAUGCAUUUAGCGCUAGAAAAGAUGUCGUAGCAACAAAGGCCGGUACUAAAGUCUGGCAAAAUGCAUGUAUGGCUUGACUCACUUUGGUCAACGCAAACAGGGCACCUAGUAGGUGCGGCUUGACUUGUUUUACUCGAGGGCUUCGUUAGUGCUCGUUUGAUAUCUUGGUCACGUUUCAGUUCGCAUUAUUUUCUUAUUGAUUCCGUAAGGCUGUUGUAUAAAUGUUAGGCAUGCUACAUAAAAGUGACACCUCUGUUUUCAAAUAGAGAGAAAAAGCUGGUGCAACUGGAAGAAAUUGCGAUGACCACGUGAUGCCAGUGAUUUGACGACGAAGGAUAUUCCGGCCUUUCGAUGCCCGGCAGAAAUAGAGGCUUAAAAUGCGCGCGUGCGCGAAGCGUGGGUUUAGCUACCCGAAGUUGGGGCUCACCAGCGCGCUGUGAUCGGCGUGACAGAAGGACAAUGUGUGGUGGGCAGUUGGGCAGCCAAUAGAUGAACUCACAGAAGAGGGACAACGCGGGAAUGUGGCGUCGACAGGAUGGGAGCGAUGAGGCAGGUUCUUUCUUCCAGGAACGAUACGCUAAGUGAAUUCGUCAUGACGCCGAAUAUUUGAGCACUGUUUCGUGUGAAUAUUGUAUUCUUUCAUUGUGCGCGAAUAUAUUUUUCUCAGAAAUCUCAAGUUGCUUCAGGUAGAUGAAAAUAGACUUUUUUUUUUAGAAAAAGAAAAAUAAGUUGCGAAGAACUUGCUCCGCACGGGUAGCUUAGAUAAAUUCAAGAGGAAUGACAGUUUGAGUUAUUACGUAUUACUUAUGGGUAUGGGUCUUUACGUACACGAACGUGGCAAUACCGAAGCUGGAAACCAAAGGUGGCGAAAAGAAUUAAUCUUACUGUCGAUUCAGGCAAAAUAUCAGAAAAAAGUCGAAGGUGUGGCUAAGGUAAUUAGGAAUCGUUAGCGAAAACUCACCAACAUCCGUGAUAUUGCCAGGAUAUAACUUCUCUUCCACGGGCUGUUUUUGCUGUUGAAAUUAGUAGUCCGGCACGUCUUAUGCGGUCAUGGAGGUAUGUGCCUAAAAAAGGCUAGAACAAUUAGGCAAAUGAAGAGACUAGGCGGAAAGCUGGUGGCAGAAAAGAAGGCUUUAAAUGAGCGUGUGUUUGAGUGGAUAUUAAAGUGGAAUUGAGCGACAGUAAUGUAGAUGAAAGAGUGUUCGAAGAAAGAAGAUAACUUGUAAUGAACGGCAUGUUAAAGGUGGGAAACUUUGGGCGUCAGAUAUGUGAGCACGUGUAAAAUCGCAACCAGGUUCGCAACAAAGUGCUAAAAUAAAAUAAAGAUGGUUAUUUUUGCACCAGCCACAACUGAACCGGAACGUAACUCGGGAGUGAAACCGAAAAAGAAAAAAGAUAUCGUUUUUCGGUACGCGUGAGGUACUUUCUCUGGAGGUUUUAAUCCUUGCGUUGCCUGAACUUGUGGCUUAACAGUGUUACGUCAUUUGUAAAUUAAGACGGGCUUGCUAUUACUUAACAUGUGCUGGCGCCGUUAUUGUGGUUGUCAGCGUGGGGUUCAGAAAACAGCCAUCUUAGAAAUGCACUCGUGAGCGUUUGACACUGUCAGCCGUCAAAUAGCUCUGCGAUCCUGGGAGACCAGCAUGAUCGCUGGAAUGAAGAAGCAUUAGAUAGCUAGGACGUUGGUUUUGGUCACACUAGUGCGUAAAUUGUAGUAGAUGAGAUGGAAAUCACGUAUUGCUUCUGAGGUGUUGUUCUACAAUAUAACUUUUGUUUUGACUUCUUGCGACACGAAGAGCAACGCACGUACCUAAUCAUUGUUUUUUUUUCACUCUUUCCGUGUAUCCCACGUGCGCCAUCGAUUUUCGUAACAAACGAAUUUGGGCCAUUUUCCUGUAGUCAGUCAUAGGUAACGCAGACGCACAUGAACCGUUGGAAAUUGGCUUGAACCGUUACAUUUCUUUUCCUCAGGAUUUGAAGCGGAUAUGAACAGCUUUUGACAAACGAAAGCGAGAGCCACAAAAAAAAAAAAAAAGAAAAGAAAAGAAAGAACCUUUCGGUUUGGCACUCUGACCAGGACAUUGUCGUCUUUUUUUGCAUUGGCCCUUUCAUGGUUUCGGUGUGACCACUACUGCAUUUCGAUUUCGUCUAGAGCAGAAAACGCCAUUACUGACAAUGGCAGAUCUCGUUCGCGAUAGAUGUCCAAGAGGCAGCAGACAACCCUGGAAUGUCGACCUAUCGCCGAUCGUCACACUAAAGUUUGGUCAAGGCCUUCUUGAGGUUUCUGCGUUCCAGUGACCUAUAUUAGAUUACACAUAGAUACGCCCGGUGUGCUCCAGCACACACAAUGCACGUGCACAAACACACAAAUGCACGCACGCGCAGACGCAAGCUCCCGCACUUCCGUUUUAUGCACGACUGCGUUCUUUCUUCGAUGUUCUUUCCGUCUUUCUAUCCGCCUUACCUUUACACUAGUAUAAGGCAGCAAACUUGAACCUGUUUCGAUUAACCUCCCUGCUCUUCGCAUCUCAUUUUCUUCUUUCACUCGGUGUCCAAGAAGUAAAUGGGCUCUGCAUGGGUGCUUCACACUGGAGCUAGGAAUGCUUUCUUUUCUUGCAGAUGCCGCUCCUUCUUUCGAGUUAAGAAGCAUUUCUUCUAUCGUAGACAAAUCGUUAUGCCUAUUUGGUUCGUACAUAUCUUAGCCCCUCCUUUCCGUCUCUCAACAAUAGAGAAAUGACAUAAACACUGAGAAAACAAACGUGUACUGAUGCCAUGACCUGUGGGAAUCGAUGUUACCCGAAGCAUUUUGCAGCUAGCUGGCUAUCCAGCGUCAUUUAUGGUACCACAAAGCAUUACAAUAUGGACCAAUGCGUUUGUGUAAGGCGAGUAGUCGUAUGCAUGACGCGAGCUUGUGUGAGACAGCAGGCCACUACGGCGACGAGGUCGGUAGCACUGUAGCUCCGCACUAGUAGCUCCGUACUGCAUUGGGGAUAUUAAUGAUAACACGUGACAAGAAGCCGGCGGAAAUUUGCAGGGCUAGCUUACGAAAUGCCUUGUCCGCUCUCGCUCUGCUGUUCGCCUAACGCCAAUGCAGCUGCCUUCGUCGUCGCGCCAAGAGUACGAUCUGGACAAGUGUCUUGACUUAGCAGGAGGAGGGGGCUCUUUGAGCUCAUUGGUGAUACGGGCGCUAUAACGUAAAGCUAUACAGAAGUUUUCUACUCCACUUCUGCAAUCAGCCCUCCAUGAUUGGUCAAGAAAUUUUCGGGGCACCGCCACUUCGCCUCUCUCUCAUGCGACAUCACGAAAACCACGAAAACGCCCCCAUCUGAUAUGAUGUGUGCACAUGGAUUAUGCGUGAUUAGACCGGACGAAAGAAAAAAAAAUAAUUAUUUCUCGUUCGACGCCUUUUUCGACAUAAUACUCUGCCAUUGAUCAAACGUUUUCUGGCUGCGCCCACUUCGCAUGUUUGUCACGCGACGUCACAAAACCACGAAAUGUCGUAGCGACAAAGUGACGUGUGCGUGUUAAAGACGCAUUAAUAUGCCGAACAAAACUGAUUUCUUUUCUGAAUAGCCGGAAGCUGCCCGGUUAAUAAAGGGAUAGAAGAUGGCUGCCCGCCGAUCACUCAGGCACUCGCUAUUCGGAGCGGCCGCGGAGCCUGGUUUCAUUUGCGUAUGAUAAACCUUUUUUCGUGGCAGCAUAACGUUAUCGAGCCCUUUCGGCACCUUGACGACGUCGCUCUGCCAACUCUUUGCUGAGGAUCCGUUCUGGCGGCAUUGUUAACGUUCCGUUGCACACCGCCGCGAUUUUCGAGGAAUCACCGCAAACUAAGCAAGGGGAAGCGGAUCAACCACUGACGCCGGUACCACUUUCUUCAUCCGCUUAUCUACUUUCACUGCGAUAGCUCGGCCCCAUCGAAACUCGCUCCACUUGAGCGUGCUCUUUGCCUCGUGCCAGCGAGUUCGAUAAGAAAAUCUACUCAAUGUAGGCAAUCCUAUUCACUUUGAAAGCAAAGAAGCGACCUCCUAUAAGCGAGGAGCGCGUUUGAUUGGGCUUUUCAAACAACGCUGCGGGUUACCGCCCGAUGCUUGCGUAAGUGGUCACGCAAAUUUAUGCCAGCAGAUUCGAAUAAUAACAGAUAAAAAAAAACAGAUUGGAAUAGCUUUACGUUAUAGGGCCCACAGUGAGGGUCGUUGUUCUAUCUACGUCCUCGUUAACCUCGGCGAUUUACGCUCACGAUAAAUGUCGCAAACUCCAUGCUCCGGCGAAGCAACGUUACAACCUACUGCGUUGCGACCUGGGUGGAUCCAAAAAGCACUGCUAUCUAACAAAGCGUCGUAGAUGGCUUGCUGCCGCGAGAAUAGAAUGGGAGCAACGAAACGCUGUAUAACCGAAUUGUUGUUACGCAACGUGACUCGAGCUGAGACCAUGGCAAGAUUGACUGUUACUGGCGCGUUUAAUUUCUGUGUCCGUUGCCCAAUAGAAAUUGGUUCGCGCGUCCGUGAUGUCGCUUGUGCUACGCUACGUGCCGCACUUGCGAAAUCGUCUACGAAAAAAGAAAUGAAAGAAAACAGCUGCGAUGGCUUUGUGCUGCUAAGUCAGAGGUCGCGGGAUCGAUUCAGGGCCGCGUCGGCCGCAUUUCGAUGGGGGCGAAACGCAUAAACCCAGAACCCCGGCUGGUAAAAGUUGUCUUUACGCUUGCACUGCGGCGUGUCUUCUAAUCAUGUUGUGGUUUUGCCAAAGCACAGAUUGAAUUCAGUUUGAAUUCUGAAAGGUUUAGUUCCCGUCGGCGCGAGAUGAGUAUGCGUGCGAUGGUUAUCUAAUUGCUAGAGCAGUGGACUCUUUGUGUUGGUAGACCGAGGUUUAGUGUCAGCAACUCUUUUCAGCUAAACCUCCCGGACUUUCGUGACAGUGGUUGCGGCCUUUUUGCCUGAUGGGCGUCUGCCUCGCGUCGACUAGCACGUGCGCUCGAGAUCACGUUCGCCUGAAAGCAUGCGCGCAUGCGCACCAGUUUCCAUUAGGCUAUGAACGGAAGUAUGGAAUGGUAAAAAAAAAAAGGAAAUGAUGCGUAACCGUAUCCCUGUCUUUCGCGUCCUACUUCUUUCGGCAUACGUCUGUCCUCGCCGUUCUUCUCGCGACAAACGUCACCUUCGUGACGUCACGCCACUUUCCGUCGAUCUCUCGCAGUGUUUAGUGAAGUCGCAGCGCGAAUUCGCACUGAGUGGCCUUUUGCUCAUUCCUGUUCAUUUUUACUCGCGUUGCUUAUUUCGGCCUAUAUUGUGAGUUGUGCAGCGCACGAACAUUGCAGCGGAUUGACGUUGCAGCUGGUGCGGUGCAUAAACAUAAACAUUUCACGAGAUUACACGUUGCACAGGUGAAAAUAAAGACGACUGUGCGUGUCGCAUUUAGUUUUCCAGCAUUUAAGCGACCGCUUCACGAAAGCUUUGCGCCGUACAGGCUCCAACAUGAUGUGCAUUGAAUGUGGAUAAUUAUUUUGUGUAAACUUAAGAUGCCCGAAACGAUGUGAACAGGUGUGCUCCGCAUUAAAAGAAACGUCAUCUA